CGACAGGCUGUACUUCAGUGCCAGUGUAUGGCGUCAUUGAAGUACAGCCAGUGUUGGAAGUGAGGCAACAGUGGGACAGUUGAGUGACUCUCCUAUCAUAUGAUACAUACGUCGUAUUGAAUGACUGUUUGCAGCUGUGAUUGGAUUCAGUGUUUACUUUCGUUAGUCAUUGUCUGCACACAAACACCACUUACUAUAACGCACUCAACAGUGAUCACCACAAACACCACGAACAAGACCAACACUACCAACACUACCACCGAUGGCUAAUCCCAACAAGUCGUUCAAACAAAGACGAUCUUUUGCGCAACGCAAACAAGACGUCGAGGAGAUCCGCAAUCUUCACCCAAACAAGAUCCCAGUAGUGAUCGAACGCUUUCACGGCGAGAAGCAGUUGCCACUCCUCGACAGGACUAAGUUCUUAGUGCCCGAUCACGUGUCCAUUGGGGAACUCAUCAAAAUAAUCAGACGUCGCCUCCAAUUACAUCCAAAUCAGGCGUUCUUUCUGUUGAUAAACCAGCGAUCGAUAGCAGCCGUGUCUACCACUAUGGGGGAGAUCUAUGAGAGGGAACGGGAUGAGGACGGCUUCCUGUAUGUGGUCUACGCUUCCCAAGAAGUGUUCGGUUGACACAUGUGUUCACUCAUACGAUAUGAUAUUUGGGCUCAUUUUGUGGUCAUAUAUCAUAUGAUAUAUACAGUAAUAUUUGAAUCGUUAUAUGAAUGGAUGAAUGGACUAAAACUGUAUAUAAGUUGUAUUUGUAUUAUAAAAACACUUCAAUUCAUUGCAGAAUUCUCUCCAAUACUUACUAUAUGUUUGAUUUUCAUUGACUGUAAUUUCAAAUAUAAUAUACAAAUUAUCCAAUUUUCUCUAUAUUUAAAUACACGUCAAAUCAAAAGGAUUUAAACGUAAAAUUAUCGAUAAAUCAGUCCUUAAUUGUUGGGUAAAGAAAUGCU